UGUGGUCGCUUCUCUUUGCUUGCAUUGUGUUUCAAUUUUCUUAAGAAUGUCGAGGUUCGGUUUCUUGAGUGAAAAUUCGAGAUAGAUGUGCAUUCAAUCAACCCGUCACGGGCUAUUUACAGGGCAGGAUUCGAGUUGCUGCUGUUGUUAUUGUUGUUGCAAGCCACUAGAAGAAGGGGGAGUGGUGGCUUGGUUCUGGACAUUUUGGAUUCGUAGGAUUUCCGAGGAGGCGUUUUGCGGGAUACAUUAUAGGGUGAAGAGUUUCUGCUAGUUUCGCGGAAUUUAAGAAUGGAGGAGGUUUUGCUGUGAUUAGUUUUUGUAGGGUUUGGGGAGGGGAUUGAAGUUGACGGCGGGUUAUUGAGCUCGCCAGUAUGGAGAUCACAUUGGUGAAAAGGAUGACAAUGCUGGCGGUGACGAUGAUGGGAACAUUGCAUUCGAAGAUGGGAUUUGGAAGUGGAGUGCCCGUGGAGAUGGGGUCGCUGUGGUGGUUUAUCUAUGGUGGCAUAUCCGUGUUCCUGGUGUGCUUUGCGGGCAUUAUGUCUGGUUUAACCCUUGGCCUCAUGUCUCUGGGUCUUAUGGACUUGGAGGUUUUACAAAGAAGCGGCACUCCUGUUGAGAGAAAACAAGCAGCCGCUAUAAUGCCAGUUGUUACGAAGCAGCACCAACUCUUGGUCACACUUCUUCUCUGCAACGCCGCGGCAAUGGAGGCUCUUCCGAUCUUCCUCGACAAGAUGUUCAACGAGUGGGUGGCCGUGAUUCUUUCAGUCACAUUUGUACUUGCGUUUGGCGAGGUCAUGCCUCAAGCCAUUUGCUCCCGAUAUGGGCUAGCCGUGGGCGCAAACAUGGUCUGGUUGGUGAACAUAAUGAUGGUCAUUUGUUGGCCAAUUGCGUAUCCUAUUGGACGGUUGUUGGACUACGUACUCGGACAUGAUGAGUCAGCUUUGUUCAGGCGUGCACAGCUGAAGGCACUCGUUUCAAUCCACGGAAUGGAUGCUGGAGGGUACCUAACCCUUGACGAGACAACAAUCAUCGCUGGAGCUUUGGACUUGACUGGGAAGACUGCACUUCAGGCGAUGACCCCAAUUGAGUCGACAUUUUCACUGGACGUAAAUUCCAACUUAGACUGGGAAACUUUGGGGAAAAUCAUGGCACGAGGACACAGCCGUGUACCUGUUUACUCUGGUGGUCCUCAGAAUAUAGUUGGCUUGUUGCUGGUAAAAAAUCUGCUGACCGUUCGUGCCGAGGAUAACACUCCCGUUAGUGCUGUUUCUAUUCGAAGAAUACCCAAGGUGCCAGAGGACAUGCCAUUAUAUGACAUUCUGAAUGAAUUUCAGAAAGGAGGUAGUCAUAUGGCUGCUGUAGUGGCAGUUAAACCGAGAAAGAGAAAAUUCACUAAGCGCGCCAGCUUUGGGCAUCACAGAGAAGACAGGAAAGGCGUCAAGGAAUACCAAUCUGCUGAAACUGAUAUUGAGAGAGCUGACGAAAAGGCGCAUGCUCACUCUAAUGGUGAAGAGCCAAGCACUCCUACAUCUGAUUGCGAUUGUAAUGGAGAUGCUGGCGAAAAGCAUAGACACGACGUAGAGGAUGGCGAUGUAAUUGGCAUCAUCACCAUGGAGGACGUAAUCGAAGAGCUUCUGCAGGAGGAAAUUGUGGACGAGACAGACGAGUACAUAGACGUCCAUAAGAGGAUUCGAGUUGCUGCUGCUGCAGCACAACUGAGUAAAUGCGGGUCUGUUGGCCGCCGGGCCUCAGUGCCUAACAUUCAAAUGGGGCUCUCAAAGCAAGCACAGGAUGCAGUGCAGAAAGGAAGGGUGGAUGCUAUGUCACACAUGCAUGCAGAUAGACAUGGCCACCAUACUAAGAAGGUGACAGAUAAGGGCCUUCACGAACCAUUACUUGGAUCUAGUCUUGUGCGCAGUCCUGAUUUUUCAAGGUCCGCAUGAGCUGCAAGAUAGAAGGGGCCACUGACCACAUUCUAGAGAACUACCAUGUUUUGUCCUAUUUCUGUCAGCAUGGAAAUACGUCAUUCAAUUUAUCAACGCAAUAUCAUUACUAGUUACUAACGAUUGUAUAAAAUUGGAGUUUGAAUGCACUCCUUAAAAGAUAAAAUUGAGUUUGGAUACUAUUCAUUUGGAUCUAGAAGUUUUUUUUUAUUGUAAAUUAAUUCAAAUGCCUUUAUUCCUUCGAGUUGCCA